GUGCUGGGGCGGGCCUGCGGGAAGAUGGACAAGAGUAGGAGCCGCUAGAGGAGGGGCGGGGCCCGAGGGGCGGGACCUCGGGUGGCCCGAGGUGGCCGGGUUGCUGGGUGAGAAGCAGCGCAGUCCGAUUCAUCCCGGUACGGGGAUGGCGUCCCCAAGGGAACUGACCCAGAAUCCCCUGAAGAAGAUCUGGAUGCCGUACAGCAAUGGGCGGCCCGCUCUGCACGCCAGCCAGCGUGGUGUGUGCAUGACCAACUGCCCGACGCUCAUCGUCAUGGUGGGCCUGCCCGCCAGGGGCAAGACCUACAUCUCCAAGAAGCUGACCCGCUACCUCAACUGGAUCGGUGUGCCCACUCGGGAAUUCAACGUUGGCCAGUAUCGCCGGGACACGGUCAAGACAUACAAAUCUUUCGAGUUUUUCCUCCCAGACAAUGAAGAAGGCCUGAAAAUCAGGAAGCAGUGUGCGCUGGCGGCCCUCCAUGACGUCCGGAAGUUUCUCACUGAGGAGGGCGGACACGUGGCGGUUUUUGAUGCAACAAAUACCACCCGGGAACGGAGAGCGAUGAUCUUAAACUUUGGGGAACAGAAUGGCUACAAGACCUUCUUUGUUGAAUCUAUCUGUGUGGAUCCUGAAGUCAUAGCUGCCAACAUUGUGCAAGUGAAGCUGGGUAGCCCCGACUAUGUCAACCGGGACAGCGACGAGGCCACUGAGGACUUCAUGAGGCGCAUUGAAUGCUAUGAAAACUCGUAUGAGUCACUGGAUGAGGAGCAGGACAGGGAUCUGUCCUACAUCAAGAUCAUGGACGUGGGCCAGAGCUACGUGGUGAACCGCGUAGCCGACCACAUCCAGAGCCGCAUCGUCUAUUACCUCAUGAACAUCCACGUGACGCCCCGCUCCAUCUACCUCUGCCGGCACGGGGAGAGUGAGCUCAACCUCAAGGGCCGGAUCGGUGGGGACCCGGGACUGUCUCCCCGGGGCAGGGAGUUCGCCAAGCAUCUGGCUCAGUUCAUCAGUGACCAGAACAUCCGGGAUCUGAAGAUCUGGACGAGCCAGAUGAAGAGGACGAUCCAGACAGCGGAGGCGCUGAGUGUGCCCUACGAGCAGUGGAAAGUCCUCAACGAGAUUGAUGCGGGUGUCUGUGAGGAAAUGACCUACGAAGAAAUCCAGAGUCACUAUCCACUGGAGUUUGCCCUGAGGGAUCAGGACAAGUACCGGUACCGGUACCCGAAGGGUGAGUCCUAUGAAGACCUGGUGCAGCGACUAGAGCCUGUCAUCAUGGAGCUGGAGAGACAGGAGAAUGUGCUGGUCAUUUGCCACCAGGCUGUGAUGCGCUGCCUCCUGGCCUACUUCCUUGACAAGGCAGCUGAAGAGCUGCCCUACCUCAAAUGCCCCUUGCACACAGUGCUGAAGCUCACCCCUGUGGCUUAUGGUUGUAAAGUGGAGUCCAUAUUCUUGAAUGUGGCAGCUGUGAACACACACCGAGAAAGGCCUCAGAAUGUAGACAUAUCCAGGCCUUCAGAGGAAGCUCUUGUCACAGUCCCUGCUCACCAAUGACCACAUCUCAUCCAAGACCCCUGGCAAGCCCUGGCUUCUCAGAGGGGUCACUACAGGCCUCCUCAGUGUUUGCUGUGCUGAUGACGUCACCAGGCAGGAACACUCCUGACGCCCCGGGGGGGCUGGUAACACUCCGACCCUCAGCCUCGCCCACCUACCCCCUUGUUAACGACAGGGUUGGGUAUGGCUGCUGACCUGCUGCUGUGAAUCCCUGGCCGUGUGCCCUGCUGCCAGCCCCUCUGUGACAGCUCCCAAGCAGUGCGCUCACCAGGCUGGCUGCUUCCUGACGUUUGCAACCUUCCAUGUGACACUGAGGCAAAAAGUCUCACUAGGACAUCCCCACCGUGGCCCGGCCACCCCUGGAAGAGCCCUGCCGUCUUCUGUGUGGCCACUCUUGAAGGCAGAGGCUAGCUCGUAAUGGGACCUCAGGUGGGUGCUGCCCAGGCGACGUGGAACAGAGGAGCUGUCACCCACAUUUGUGGGCGCUCACCGAGAACAGCAUGUUCUCUUUGGUGUAAACACUGGAAAAGCGUGGAAGGCAGCAUUUGUGCCGCCCCUUCCUGAUGUCUACCAAGCUGUACACUGAGAUCCAGGAUAGCUGUGGCCCAGGCUGCCUUGUCCUGGAUUGCCUCACAGGGGACCUUGUAAGGGCAGCUUCAUCAAGUACCUUCUUGGUGCACACACCCAAGUGCUUAAGGAAGCUGGUCUCCCCUCCCUGGCCGUCACUGUCCACACAGGGCUGUACAAGGGGACAUGUGAUAAAUGGCUCAGAACUGGUGGUCCUGUCAAGCUGUCCCCUUGUUUGUUGACCUCCACCUGUAGAGGACUGAAGAGGAAGACAAAACUCAGAGACAGCUCCUGGCCAGGGGAGGAGUCCCCGGCCCCAUUCUAGUUUUGAUUCCGUAUACAAAUUAAGCCCUAGUGAAAAACCGCCUUACGAAGCCCGGUGCCUCUCAUGCUCCGACUUCUCAUGGGUCCAGGUAGCAAAUUCAGCUGCCCAGCAGGGUGAUAAGCAGGCUAGGAAGCAGAGCAAGAAACUUCCUAUGACAGUAACUGGUGCUCUUGCCAAGGGGAAGCCGGGCCCUGCGCCUAAGAACCUUUCCAGCCCCAAAUGUGGCAGAGCAGUCCAGCCCUGCCAGCCCUGGGCUGAGUAGCUUGCGGAUGCCACCCGCCCGGAGAACUCGGUGCCAUUACCCCCAGCCAGCAGCUCCAGACAAACUGCUGUCUGGGUGGGGCUGGGACAGGACUCUCUGGGGCCCGUCUCAUCAGCCCGGAGCCGGAAGACCAUACCACUGCCUUCGGGACAUGGGGCCUACGGCUUUUGCUCCCAUGUCUCUCAGAGUUUGAGUGAUGUUUGUCGUUUUAUCUGGACACACUUGUCAGCCAUAGCAGAUCCCUGUGAUCAGCAGCUGUUAAUAAAAGCUGGAUGCCACUUGAGGCGAAGACCACCAAAGCCUUUUUCCUCUGUGCCCAGGGAAGACAGGAAGCGUUGGACUCAGGUGUAAGAGUGGAGGGUUGAGGCCGAAGGAUGUCUGCGGCAGGAUGUGUGCUGGAACGGCCCCUUGCCCCAAGCACCUAGAAGUGGCCUCUGCAAGGCAGCUGCAUGCGGGAGUGGCUGCCAUUUUAGCGAGAUGGUUCAUGGGAGGAACUGCCGACUCUGUCCUGCUUUCCCUAGAAUGUAUGGUAGCGGGCUUCAGUUGUACAUUGCACUGUGUCCAGCAUUCUUUGCAAUAAAUAAUUUUUAAAAAACAGUAA